CUGUGUCUAGCUGUGAAUGCGAUACGUUAACGCUAUUUGUUUUACGUCACUCUCGGUUAAUGUUUAUCACGUUGAGCAUGUAGGUGGUGCGUGUUAUUAGUGUACUUCUCAGCUCGCUCUUCGAAUCCACCACAGAAAUUAUGCUUUCUUUUGCCUGGAUCUCAGCUCUAGUCGUGGGUAUGUUUUCUGCUCAUGUUUUGCAGACCCUUUUUUUCCCCUACUUUUGGAAAGAUUUUUUCUUUCUUUUGAGUCUAAUCCGGUUUGGUGUGAAACUGGAGCUGUUCAGGCUGACUUCUAGAGUCUGUACAGUCCUGGACAGGUUCAUUCAACAGGCGCAUCGUAUCCCCGACAAGCCUUUUAUCAUUUAUGAAGGGAGCGUCCACACCUACAAGGAUAUUGAGGAGCGCAGCAACAGGCUGGCAAAUGUUUUCCUCCAGAAACUCAAGAUAACCAAAGGCGACUGCGUUGCCAUGCUCAUGAACAACGAGCCCGACUUCGUCUGCGUUUGGUUCGGAUUGGCAAAGGUCGGCUGUCCUGUUGCUUUUCUGAAUACAAACAUUAAAUCUAGAUCGUUGUUGCAUUGCAUCAACUGCUGUGGAGCCAAAGCUGUAAUAGUUGGCGCAGAUUUAGUAGAGUGUGUUCAUGGUAUCAUAAGUGACCUACUGGAGGACAACAUUCAGGUGUGGACAAUGAAGAGCCAUUGUGGGGACACAAAUGUGGAGUCGGUGAUUGAUCACAUAGAUGCUGCCACUGACAAACCUGUACCAGCAAGUUUACGUGCCACCACCUCUCUUAAAUCCCCUACCCUCUACAUCUUCACCUCUGGAACUACUGGGCUUCCUAAGGCAGCAGUAAUCACUCACCUCCAAAGCUUGAAGGCAGCAGGAGGAUUCUGGGCAUUUGGUGUGACUGAAAAUGAUGUGAUAUAUAUACCUCUGCCGCUUUACCACAGUGCAGCUUCACUGCUUGGUAUAGGAGGAACCAUUGCGCUUGGUGCAACAUGCAUUCUAAAGAAGAAGUUCUCAGUCUCACAAUUCUGGACUGACUGUCGAAAAUAUAAUGCAACAGUUUUCCAGUAUAUUGGUGAACUGUGCAGAUACCUCUGCAACCAGCCAAAGACAGAGAUCGACAAGGUCCACUCGGUGCGGAUGGGAGUCGGGAAUGGGCUGCGUCAGGAUGUCUGGCAGGAGUUCCAUAGACGCUUUGGAAACAUAAAAAUGUGCGAGGUGUAUGGCUCCACUGAGGGAAACCUGUGUUUCAUGAAUUACAUGGGCAAGAUUGGCACAGUGGGGCGUUCCAACUUCAUCUACAGGCUCCUGCUCAAAUAUGAUCUGGUAAAGUAUGACAUGAUGAAAGAUGAGCCAAUGAAAGAUCAGUAUGGUUUCUGUCAGCGAGUAAAAAAAGGCGAGACAGGGCUUUUGCUAUCUAAAGUAAGUGCCGUAACCCCUUUCUUUGGGUACGCCGGAAGCAAGCAGCUGACUGAAAAGAAGUUGAUAAGGAACGUGUUUGUCAAGGGAGAUGCCUACUUUAACACAGGUGACCUGAUGGCUGAAGAUAGUGAUGGUUUCAUCUCUUUCAAAGACAGAGUUGGAGACACCUACAGGUGGAAAGGUGAAAAUGUAGCAACAACAGAGGUGGCAGAAAGCCUUGGGUCAGUUGAUUUUAUCCAAGAAGUCAAUGUGUAUGGUGUGGAAAUACCAGGGCAUGAGGGAAGAGCUGGAAUGGCUGCCAUGAUUGUAAAACCAGGCUUCAUGUUUGACGGGAACACACUUUUUAAACAUGUGGUGAUGGAGCUACCCACGUAUGCUCGACCCGUCUUCUUAAGACUUCAGGUAGUGAUGGAAAUGACGAGCACCUUUAAACAUCAGAAGUUCCAGCUGGUUCAGAAUGGAUAUAAUCCCUCAACAAUAUCAGAUCCUCUUUAUGUUUUGGAUUAUCAGCAAAACAGCUAUGUUCCUUUAACAAAAAUUGUCUACCAGAGUAUCCUCUGUGGGGAACUCAAGCUAUAGUACUAGUGAGAGUAAUGUCUGAGAUUUAUGUAAAAUACUAAACUCCACUAAAAAAUAAAAUAUUAAAACAGAGAUAGUAUUUAAUUAAAGUACUGAUAGCAUCUAAAAACGUACACAUUCAAUCUCAUGAGUCAGACUAACAAGGUGACUGUAAUCAUGACCAUAUCCACUUGUGGCCAUUUACAGUACUUAUUGGCUGUAAAGCCAUGGCCAGCAUGACAAGAGUUUUUGAGACAGUUUGUGAAGAUGGUCAGACAGAAGCUUAGUGCUGAACAUACUCCUCUGCCUGAUCAGCCUCUAGUACAGCGUGCCUUUCCUCAAUACUUACCCUUCUAGCACACUAAAGCAUAAAAAGAAAAUAACAUCGGUAAAGCCUGGUAAGAGAUCUUCAGCAGGUUAUUUCAGAUGUUAAAAGACCCUGUUUUCAGGAAAUACAAAUUCAAGGUAUUUAUCGGUCAUAUGCACAGUAAAAACAAAACUGUAGCAUGGAGCAGUGAAAUUCUUACCUUCUUAGUCUCCCUCUACUUACACAGAAUAUGAUGAGUAUAAAAUUUAAAAAAGAGAAAUUUAAAAUCAGAUGAAAACUGCCAUUUAUUUUGAUGAAGCAUUUGGGGAGGGGGCUAUACAUUGUUUACUUCCUAUUGCACACAUUUUGUAACGUUCCAGUUUGCACGCAUUCCUAUUGGUUUAAUAAAAUCUAAUGAAAAUGAA